AUGUUUCGUCAGCAUGAAGAUCGUUUGGUAGAGGAUAACGGUGACGUGAAGGCGACAACAAUAACGCGAACAACAUUCCAGGAAAGAACACUGCAUGCUGAUGAUCGUGUUUCAGAUAACAACUCAUUUUCACAACCAUCAAAAUUCGUCCAUGCAACGCAUUCGUUAGAUCCAUAUGUUCCACAUCGCUCUCGUGGGCGAAUCACAUCAGACAAAAGUUAUGCGCCCGAAAAUGAGUGCUUCCGAUGUGAAAGUUGUCAGUAUUAUGAUUUGCGCAAAGCAUGCAUAGCGGAUGGAAGUGAUACCGUAAGUGAAAAUGUAAGAAUAGUACCGAUCAGAAGAAUAGGAAGAUCACUUGGACGAUCAUCAUUAGAGCAUAUCUACGAGUCGAGAUCAUGUUCCACUGGACCAGAUUCUCGGCAGUGCUCACAAUCAGCAAACUGGAUGCAACAUGCCAAUGAAAAUGAGUAUUGCCGUCAAACUGACAACGCUUGCCGCAGUUACCGUCGCACGAUGUCCAUGCCAAAUGAGCAACGUUUCCUUCCAGGCCAUUCAAUGGCUCAGGAAUCAGGAGACAUCGAAACAACCGAAGCGAUGGAUCGUAAAGUAUUGCUGAGGAAUUAUCGUUUUAAGCAUGUGACACACCAUAUCGAUAAUCGAGCAGAUUUUGAGUAUGCAUCAAAUCAACAACCACUUCACACUGGUGAUACACAAUUCCUCCACAACGGCAAAAAGCAGCUGUCAAAUGACAUCGCAAACAUUUCAAAUUCGAAAAAAUAUCAAUGUGACCAACCAGGAUUGGAAUUUGCAGAACAAGUGCUAGCUUCAAGAGGUGCAAAAGAGUUUGUUGAUUCACCGCAAAAAUACUGGCGUAUAAACAACAUAAAAAGAACAGGCUGUGAUCAGAUGGAAUUUGAUAAUCAGAACCCAAUACAAACAAGAGGUGAUUCCAAUGAAGCACCAGGGAAACAAUUUAAGGAAAAUUUCUCAAAGAAUGGUAAGCAGGACAGUGGCGAAGAAGAGAAUAAAAAUGGGAAAAAUACAGUUUAUAUAUCUAGAUACGACUUACCGAUCACUUCACCACAACAGUCACCGGAGUUAGAACAAGUUUCUCUGAGCAAAGAACCCUGCAAAGAGAAGAGUUUCGUUUCCAGACAAAUUGAAAAAUUCGAAUCACUGAAUUGCAACACUUAUGAUGAGCACAGUUACGGAACACUUAAUUUGGAUAAAAAAUCUGACGAACUAUCAGUGGUGCCAGUAUCUGGGGUUCAUGUCCCAGAACAUACACAGACUUACGGAGAGUUUACUGGAAGCACAGGAAAAUCUCAUGCUGCAUUUGAGAGGAACUAUUUAAAUAAGGAAUAUGAUCAUGAGCAUAAAACGAUAAGCGAUAACGCAAUCGCAGAAUUUGAGCGAGCGAUGGUUGAUAAAAAUACGAAUUCAAGGAGAUUCGAUGAUGAUGGUCAAGCGGAUACCAGCAAACCGCCGCUUUAUUCCAGAUGUGAAUCAGAAGAGCACAACACGGAUGCACAUUCAUGUGUUGACAAACAUAGAAAAGUAACAUUUCAAACUGAAAUCGGUGAUCUAAAAUCAGAUGAUUUGAAGGCAUCGCAAGAUGAACGCAUUGCAGAAAAAGAACUAAUUGAUGUUUAUUCUGGCAAUAAAAAUGAGCAAAGUAUUAGUCAUCAAGAUUUAGUGAAGGCUCAAGAACGAGUUCGACGAAGUGCCAUUCAGACUGAUUCAACAGCUGUUGAUAACGUCGGAGAACAUCAUACUCUAUUGAAUGCGGAAAACUUUUCGAGUGCCAGAGAAAUGGGCGAAUUACGGGCAUUAGAAAGUGUUUCGCCGGAUUAUUCAAAUUCUACGAAUUAAAUCUCAAAACGUGAAACUGAAGUAGACAUCGAAAACGAUCAUCAUGACUACGAACGCAACGAAAUCAAUGACUGGGAAGCACGUAUACGGCAACAGGCGGCUACUUUCCUCACUGUAGACGUUUUUAUUCCGAGUCAUUGUGAAAUUGGUAUUUGGAAGAUGAGUCUGGAAUGUCACCGUUUUCGUCUUCGAACGUCGUUCGCUAAACUUGAUUCACCCAUUUAUGUAAUUUUCAACCCAUGGAUUAUAGAGGACGACACGUAUUACCCAGCAAAAUACGAACUGAACGAAUAUGUUUUGGAUCCAGUAGGCAUUCUCUUCAAAGUACGCACGAAGGAUCGUUGGUUAUAUGGUCAAUUCGAGAGUGUUUGUCUCAUUGUGGUUAUGGGGCUCAUCGAACGUCUUUUGGAUGAACGGAUUUUGAAAGAAGAUGAACUUAAAAAUGCAGCUGGUAUUGUACGAGCUCUUACUUUCGGGAUAAACCAAUAUGUUCUGGAAGCCAGCUGGAAGAGAAUGAGUAGAAAUGACUUGGGAACAUAUGAUGAGCUUCCAAGUUUAUGGACUGGAUCAACUGAAAUUCUGGUCCAUUAUUUAAAAUCUGGACACCUUACCAAUUAUGAGUCAGCACAUGAUGCGAAUGAAGAUUUGACAAUAACUGUGAAUUUUAUCGAUGGCAAACCAUCAUAUGACAACCAUGAUUCGAUUUGGAACUUUCAUGUUUGGAACGAAGCAUGGAUGAGACGACCAAACCUGGAGAAAAUAUAUAAUGGUUGGCAAGUUUGUGAUGCUACACAUCAACAUCCUAGUCCAGAAUCAGGCUACUAUCAGUGUGGUCCGUUUCCAGUCAGAGCGUUGCUUUAUGGUGACUUGAAUCAGCCCUAUGAUGGAGCGUUCAUUUACGGUGAAAUCAACGCUGAUGUGAUUGAUAAAUAUUAUAGAACAGAUCCAUACAGUCACAGACCGGCAUUUGCGUAUGAAUUCAAGUCGACUGACAAAGUAGGCACCAAAAUUGUCACCAAUAAUCCGAAAAUGAUUGAGUACGCUAUGGAUAUCACAAACAAUUAUAAAGAACCAGAAGGCUCACAAGCGGAACGUGAGCAACAUGAACGCGCACUCGAAUCGAUUGGUCUUCGACCAUCCAGACAACGGCGUUUUGCAUACGAACCGAAUGUGACGACAAUGGAUGUCAAAUUCGCCGUCUCCGAUUUCAGCGAC